CAUCCCAGCAUGCACCGGCGGCCCCAAAAAACACACACAAAAAAACGUCGCCAAUUCGCCAUCUUGGGAAUGUGAAAAGCGCGCCCGCAAAGCGUAGGUUAGGGUUAGCGCCCUACCGGGAAACUGCCCUAUUGGUCCGUCACAGUGUCAUGGAGCAGACUGGUAAACGGACUGACAGAAAACGAACACAGAAGGACGCCCUUGGUACCGCUUCAGAGCCAGAAGAGUUCAUCGUUGAGAAGAUCCUCGAUCGGAGAGUUCGUCAGGGAAAAGUUGAAUACCUGCUCAAGUGGAAAGGUUACGCCGACACCGAAAACACUUGGGAACCCGAAGAGAACCUCGACUGCCCAGGCCUCAUAUCGGAAUUCGAAGACAAACGUAAGCGCAACGCGGAGGAAGCAAAGAUGAAAGAAGAGACCGAUCUGCCAUCUCGCAAGAAGAAGCGACAGGAUUCGGACGCCAAACCACGAGGCUUUGAUCGGGGUCUGGAACCCGAUCGGAUAAUUGGCGCCACAGACUCGAGCGGCGAGUUGAUGUUUUUGAUAAAGUGGAAAGACUGCGAUGAAGCAGACAUUGUGCCGGCACGGAUUGCCAACGUGCGCUGUCCGCAAGUAGUUAUCCGUUUCUACGAAGAGCGUCUGACGUGGGAUACGUGCACCAGCAAGGAAGAUGACAGCGGAGACAAAGGCUCCAAGGGGUGACGUGCAUUUCCUAGUGUCAACCGUUUUUAAACGCUGGACCCAUUUAUUCAACUCCGGCCCCCCUCCCCUGUUUUAAUCUGUUGCUUGCUAGUUGAUGGGUAAUAUGUAUGCACAUACGGUUGUAAUGUAUCUCGGGCGUUAAAUAAAGUGUGUUUAGCAGUGUU